AUUUUGACAACCAAACCCAUUGCACAACAUUUCAUCUUCAAAAACUUGUUUACAAAAUCGUACCAAUUUCUGUCAUAUCAAAAUAUCGUCGCACGAUGAUAUGCAAGAUAUAAUCGCUAUUGCAAAAGCAAUUAAUUAUAACCGGAUAUUCUCAUGAAGCGGGCCUUUUGCGUGUUUGCCGCUCUCCUAAACGACAGCACUGUGCGAGCAGGUUCUAAGAUGAAAUUAAUGAAUAAUUUUAAAGAAUGGAAGUUUAAAUAUCCACCGAAUUAUGCAGAGCUUCCUAUUGAUGAAAACCCGGCGUACAACGAGCCCGUAGCUGUGAAGAAUGCUGUGUUUUCUAAGGUACCAACGGAGUUUUUGACCGGCAACAUCCGUCUAGUCUGCGCAUCCGAGGAUGCCCUGAAAAACCUGUUUGACCUGGAUCCCAGUGUGGCUGAAUCCGAGGACUUUAUCAACUUUGUGGCUGGAAAAUACCAGCCGCCUGGAGCGCUGAGUGUCAGCCAUAGGUAUGGAGGUUACCAAUUUGGCUUCUGGGCCGAUCAAUUGGGUGACGGCAGAGCCCAUGUUCUUGGAGAAUAUGUUAACAGCAAAGGUGAAAGCUGGCAACCCCAGCUAAAGGGGUCCGGUGAAACCCCGUACUCGCGCUUCGGCGACGGACGCGCCGUGCUUCGCUCGAGUGUGCGCGAGAUGUUGGCUUCAGAGGCUAUGCACGGACUUGGCGUGCCCACUACCCGCGCCGCUGCUUUGGUGGUGAGCGACGACCACGUGGUGUGGCGCGACAAGACGUACUCGGGGCGAGCGAAGCAGGAGCGAGCGGCUAUAGUGAUGCGAGUGUGCCCUGCCUGGUACAGGCUCGGCUCUUUUGAGAUACUCGAUAAGAGGAAGGAGCCUGACACUAUGAAAACACUUUUCGAGUUCAUUAUAAAGCAUCAUUUCCCCUCCAUAGACAGUGAGGAUGAAGACAGGUUCGUCAAGUUCUACACAGAGGUCGCUCACAAGAAUUUAGACAUGGUGGCAGCUUGGCAAGGUGUAGGCUUCACCCACGGCGUACUAAACACAGACAACAUCAGUAUACUAGGUGUGACCAUAGACUACGGGCCGUAUGGGUUCAUAGACCACUAUUACGGCAGCUACGUGCCUAACACAUCUGAUGACCUCGGCCGCUACGCUUUUGACCGACAACCCCAGAUUCUGCUGUGGAACUUGGAAAAAUUUGCUCUCGCGUUAGAACCUAUCCUUCCAGAGGAUCAGAAGCAGAAGAUAAAAGAAGUUCAAGACACAUUAGAAGAGUAUGUCAAGAGGAAAGUGCUGUCCACAUACCUUCUGAAACUGGGUCUGAAAGAAAUUCAAGAUGGCGACGGAGCUCUGAUAGAAGACCUUCUCAAUCUGAUGCAGGAUACCAUGGCUGACUUCACCGGCACCUUCCGACAGUUAUCUGAGGUCGCCCUGGGGGAUUUAGAGGAGGUAUCUAAGCUGGAAACCAAGUGGUCCCUCAACAAGAUCAGAGAAGCCAAAGGGUGGGGCAAGUGGGUGGAGAGGUACAGGCAGAGGGUCGAGAAAGAAAAUGUUUCGGAGGAGGAGCGCCGCACGCGCAUGUCAGCCGUCAACCCGGCGUACGUGCCGCGCAACUGGAUGAUGCAGGAAGCCAUCGCAGACGCAGAAAACAACGACUUCACGAAGGUGCGGUUUCUCCUGGAGCUGUUCCGAAGACCAUUCGAGGUGAACUCCGAGGCCGAGGAGCUGGGAUACUCUUCCCAACCUCCGAGCUGGUCCCACGGACUCAAGCUUAGCUGCUCUAGCUAAACCUUGUUUUUACAUUCCCUUACUAAAUGACAUGACCAUCCAGAACCGAAGAGUAUGGUCAAG